GCACGAGCUGCGAGGAGCCUGCAGGCUCUCCCCUUUGGGAUAGCGGGGUGUCGGUGAGGUACACCUCCAGCCCAUCGAAUGUGCUGUCCACGGAAGUGAAGACGGGGCUCGGAAACGACGACGUGCUGGGCCGCACUGUGGUGAUCCAUGACAAGAAGGGCAGAAAAAUUGCCUGUGGCAUCAUCGAGCCGUCCGACACCACGGUCUUCGAGCAGUACCCCAAAUAUGGUGGUGACCUCCCAUUGACAUCCGGUGGUGUCCAGGUCGAGUCGGAUGAUGAAACCCAGACGAUCAGCUGGCUGUUCACGCAAGGCCUCGACCCCCGGUGCGACAAGACCACAUGCACUGCAGCUAACUGCUGUGGCAUUCACAUCCACGAGGGCACCACCUGCGCGAAUGCUGCUUCCGUCGGUGGUCACUACUGGAACAAGGACCUCUACCCGGAAGACCCCUGGAUUGAUGUCCGCUACGUGAUCGAACCAUCCAUGCCGUCGGCAGUGAACGACCUGAGCGUCAAAACGGGCUACAAUGCCGCAGACAUCGACGGCCGGGCCGUGGUGGUCCACGACUACGACGGUGUUCGGAUUGGUUGCGCCAUCAUCGAGCUGCCAGAAGAGGAGCCAGAGCCCGUGGACGGUGAUGACUUGUACGUCUUCGACUUGAGCCCCUACGUCGGUUCCUCCUCGCCUUACCAGCCACAGGGAGUGAUCGAGGUGAAGUCCACGGACGACAGCAAGACGGUGUUGUCUUGGAGCUUGACUGGCCUCGACCCCGGUUGCAGCAGCAAGUGCACCUCAACCAACUGCUGUGGUAUCCACAUUCACGAAGGCCGGCGAAGCCGUUCUUUGGGGUCCUGUCCUCACCAAGUUCCUAGGACUAGCUCUGAUGCCCCGGCCAUCCCUGGCCAAGCAAUGAUAUACUCAACAGUAUCCCCAAGUCCGAAGCUGCAGUAG